UUAGGGUUCGUUUUGCUUCCGGGUCUUGUAGAAAUAAACGGACACAUUUUUCACCGGCAAAACGUGAGUUAGUUGGUGGGAAACACGUUUUCACGGACUCGGCGUGAGAUGCUUGCGUGUUUUUAAGCGUCUUCAUACCUGCCGGGAUGGAUCUUGGCAAGGCAAAGCUCCUUAGGACGGGUCUCAACACUCUACACCAAGCCAUCCACCCUGUGCACGGCAUAGCGUGGACGGACGGCAAGCAGGUCUGCCUGACGUCUCUCUACUGCAUCAAUGGCGAGGUGAAGUUUGGAGACACCAACGUCAUUGGGCAGUUUGAGCAUGUCUUCGGCCUCUUCUGGGGCCCGCUCUGCUGCUCUGACUCCCCUGCCUUGCUGGCUGUUCAGCACAAGAAACAUGUUACCGUGUGGCAACUGCAGCUCAGUGCCCUGGAGCAGAAUAAGCUGCUGUGCAGUCAGACCUGUGAGAUGAGCGAGCCUUUCCCCUUGCUCUCCCAAGGCUGUGUGUGGCACCCUAGACUGGACAUUCUGGCUGUGCUGACCAAGAGGGACACUUCUGUGCUGUUUUCUGUCAGGGUGGACAACAGGAGAACCAAAGCAGACAUUAAAGGUAGUGGACUUAUCCACUGUGCAUGCUGGACUAAGGAUGGCACACGUCUGGUGGUGGCUAUUGGCAGUGCUCUUCACUCUUACAUCUGGAAUGACAUCCAGAAGAUUCUGGUGGCCUGCUCCUUCUGCCCCAUCUUUGACGUGGGAGGCUACAUCUGUGCCAUCGAGGCCACGGCGGAGGCUCAGGUAGCUGUGGCUACGGAGCUGCCGCUGGAUAAACUAUGUGGGUUAAAUGCCGGCAUGGCCUUUGACAUGCCAACAGAGGCUGAGUCCCUGCAAGGCCACGGCUCGCAUGGGGUUAUAUCAGAGGACGACAGCUCUCUGGAUUCACGAAGGAGAUCAUCUGAAUCAUCGGACAGGUCGUACAUCCCUGGCUCAGGCCCUCUGGACCUCACCCAACUUUUGUCUAAGCACCGUCGCUCCGACCCCAGCCCCCUUAUUCACCUGCGCCGUCGAGACACCAUGACAGGCUCUGGCCAGGACUCCUCACACCUCAUCCUGGUCACCUAUGAGCGUAAAGUCACUACCACCCGCAAAGUCAGCAUCCCAGGCAUUUUGGUUCCAGACAUUGUGGCUUUUGACCCGCGUGGUUUCACGGUUGCAGUGGCUUCCAACACUUGCAACAUGGUACUUGUGUACUGCAUCACAGCCUCUGCCAUGCCAAAUAUUCAGCAGAUCUCCCUGCAGACACACGAGAGGCCCAAAGGAGUCUGCUUCCUCAGUGACAACAUGCUGCUGUUGAUGGUGGGCAGGCAGAAGUCCAAUGACCCUGCGUUCCUUCCAUCUUCUAACACAGAUAAAUAUAUUCUUCGUCUCUUAGCCAAAGAGUUAAUGUAUGACGGAGAGACUUCUAUCACACCCACCCCCUCUGCUCACAACCACGAGUCCACCUCUAAUUUGUGUGCAAGGAUUAGGAGGCACUCAGAGCACGUAUCUAAGGAUGACAGGGAGCACCCAGGGAUAAAAGACUUGGUGUUGCCCGGAGGGGGAGUAAUGCGUUCACCAGCCAACAGGCGCAGGCUGGUGGAGGAGGUGAGGAGCGGUGAGCCCAGCUCCGUCACCAGCUCUGUGGACUUCUCUGACCGAGCGUCAGACAGAACCACGUCCAGUGCCUCCUCCAUUACGGUGGAAAAUUUCGAUAUGGACCACGUCAACCGCAUUGCCAGCCUGGCGGUGGCCGGCCAGGUUAGCAGAGAGUCUAGCCGGGCCAGUUCUCCUCGCCUCGAACCGUCGGACAGGCUUCACACGGAUCCGACACUGCCUAUGCGUGAAAGGAUGCAAGGCCCUGCCAAGGAUCGUGCACUGGAGCAGCUCGUUCACAACAUGGAGAGGCUUUUUACUCGCUUUGCAGAUUUACAGCAGUGCCUGACAGAAGUCAGAGAUUAUACCCAGAAUGGAAAGAAGGCCCUGAGUGUCUACCCCAAAGCCUGUGAGCCCCCAUAUGUCAACGUCACAUGUCAGAAGCAGUUAUCAGAAAACGUGUUCAUUGACGAGCGGAGGCCUGUGCUACUGUGUGAUGGGAAGCUGUGUCUGCGUGCCCUCCAAGACCUCUUCAACCUAACUAUCGUGGAGAUGAUGUAUGGUCCACUGUGGAUUGUACUUGUGGCAGAUGGAGACGGCUUCGUGCCUCUGACAUUCAAGCCCAAAGAGGAACUUAGAGUGCGGAACGGGAAGCGGAAAAGUAGCCUACGGACUCCUGGCAGCCCAGACAACUCCUGCCCAUCCAGUCCAGCCCCCACACAAACCAGCCACACAACCACAGAGGCCUCUUUAUAAUGCCUCUUAACGCACACCUCAUAUUUAUGGACUUGUGCAGUUGUGCGCUUCUUACUUUACUUUGAUUGAUUUGACUGGAUCCAAGUAUGCAAGGCAGAGUGGAUGUGGCAUGAGCAUGCAGAGCCUCACUAAUGCAGAUAACCAGAGUUAUAUGUCAGAUUUAUUUUUGUACUGAAAAACAGUAGGGAUUUGAAAAAGGGCUGCAUAUUCAGAGGUGAUAUUUACACGUUGCUGCUUUGAAAUUAAAGCAUACCAGAAAGAA